UGUUGCCGUCGCCACCACCACGUUCCGUGCCACCCACCUAGCAGCUGCCCCACUAGGCACCACACCGCCCCGGGACACCUACUACUACUUGCCUUGCCCGCCACACGCCAUCGCGCGAGCGAGCUCAUCACUUGAUCCCUGAUCCCCUCGUUCCCUUCACCACGACGUUCCCCUAGCCCAGCUGCACCGCACCACUACCGCCGGCACCACCACCGAUGGCGCCGCGGCUGCUGGCGUGCUUCGGCCGCAGGGGCGGCGCCGCGACGGCGGCGGCGGCGGACGAGGCAGCAGAGGACCCGCAGCAGCUGGCCGCCCCGGGCCCGGUGCUGGUGGAGCUGUUCGCGUCGCAGGGGUGCGGGGCGUCGCCCGAGGCCGAAGCGCUGGCGGCGCGGUUGGCGCAGGACUCCGCGUCGCAGGAGAGCGGCGGCGGCCCCGCCGUGGUGGUGCUGGCGUUCCACGUCGACUACUGGGACCACAGUGGAUGGAAGGACCCCUUCGCGUCCAGCGCCUGGACCGUGCGCCAGAAGGCCUACGUGGAGGCGCUCCGCCUCGACACGCUCUUCACGCCGCAGGUCGUCGUGCAGGGCCGCGCGCACUGCGUCGGCACCGACCAGGACGCGCUCGCAAAGGCCGUCCGCGACGCGCCCAGGUACCCGGCGCCCGCCAUGAAGGUGACGUUCCAGCGGCCGAGCCCGACGACGCUGCAGGCGUCCUUCACGGGCGCCCUGCGCAGCCGCGUGGAGGGCGCCGGCGGCGCGAGCGUGCUGGCGGCGCUGUACGAGAGCGGGCUGGUGACCGACUGCGGGCGCGGCGAGAACAAGGGCAAGUCGCUGCUGAACGACCACGUGGUGCGCCGCCUGGAGAAGGUGGCCGCCGUGCGGGAGGGCGCCUCGGCGAAGAAGACGGUCUCCGGGACCGUCCAGUUCGCGCUCUGGGACGGCUUCCGCGCCGCCAAGUGCGGCGUCGUCCUCUUCGUCCAGAACGCCGCGCUGCAGGUGCUCGGCGUCCAGCACUUCGACCUCCCCGACAACGUCUGAGUGAGGCUCCGAUCGGCUGUGAGGACGCUUGCAUUUGGUCGAGUGUGGUGCGUGGUAUUCUUUGUACGUACUAGCGUUUGAUUGGCGUGUGUAUUGUAUCCAAUGUUUUAAAUAACCGGCUAAGACAUUUAGCUAUUUAUGUCCAAAAACAAGCUAUAACCGGCUAUAGCGGGCUAUAGCCGCAGCUAAGAGCUAAGUUAUACAUGAAAAAUCUUAGCUAAA